UUGGUUCAGCAGCGGCACCGGUGGUUCAGUGGACUCUGCUCCAGCAUGUUGCAUGGAAAGCAUUGUAGGUGACCUGACUUCAAAUUCUGGCUCCUUUCUUCAUUUGCUCUUUGAGUUGGCUUGAGCUUUCUCAUUGACAGGCAGCUGACACGAUAAAGAUGAACGUGAGUAAGCUCAACGCGUCUCUUGUGUGCGAGCGGGACACGAGCAUCACCUCCAUCCUCAUCCCCUGUCUAUAUGCAGCUUUAUUCCUGCUAGCCGUGCCGAUGAACGCUCUGGCAGCCUGGAUCUUCUUUCAGAUUCAUAGCAGCUCAACAUUUGUGUUUUAUCUGAAGAACGUGGUGGUGGCGGAUCUGUUGAUGACCGUCACAUUGCCCUUGAAGGUGCUGACUGACGCCGGCUUGGGCUCCUGGCACCUGCGGGCCUUCUAUUGUCGUUACUCGGCGGUUCUCUUUUACAGCUCCAUGUACGUGGGCAUUCUUCUGCUGGGACUCAUCAGCUUGGACCGUUACCUAAAGAUUGUGCAUCCGUUCGGGAAGAGCCGGCUACAGAGGCUGGGGGUGGCCCGGGUCCUCUGUGCUGUUAUCUGGCUGAUGAUGAUGUCGUUGGCUCUGCCCAACGUGGUCCUGAGUAACCGCAUCCCGAAGAUGUCUUCGAGCGCUCGACUGCGCUGCUCCAGGAUGAAGGGAGAAGCGGGACUCUCGUGGCAUGAAGGCUUCAACUACUUCUGCCAGCUGCUGUUUUGGGGCACGUUGUCAGUGAUGCUGGUGUGUUACACAUUCAUCAGCAGAAAAGUGUUGGAGUCGUACCGCAUGUCACGCAGCAACAGCGUCACAGCCACUAAACAAACCACCUGUAAGGUGUUUCUGGUAGUGGGAGUUUUCUUCCUAUGCUUCGCACCCUUCCAUCUUGCUCGUAUCCCAUACACCCUCAGUCAAACCCGAAACACGUCUCAUGUCCAGUGCUGGACUCACAACCGCCUCUAUUGGAUCAAAGAGAUCACGCUGUGGCUGUCAUCGACAAAUGUGUGUCUGGACCCUCUCAUUUAUGUUUUCUUGUGUCAAGUCUUUCGUAAGAAACUCACGGCCACGCUGAGCCGUCGACCAGAAGUGUCUGUGACCGGGUCCACCAUUAGAAGAGAAAUGCCCAACCUGCUUCCUCCUAAUGUCAAUGAGAAUGAAUUCUAAUGUCCAUCUCUGGCCUGCGUGUCAUUUAAACCACAUGGAAACUACACAAACACACUUAACUGUGUCCAGAAAUGGUCUGAUCUUCAGCUCAUUUUGAUCCGCAACACACAAGCGGACUGAACCCGCAAACACGCAAGUGGUCAAACAAAACAGUGUUUCUAACAAAAGUCUGUCUCUUGAAUUAGUAACUUUAAGCCCUUUAGGAGCAUUUAUUCAGGAGAAGCACAAAGUGUAAUUUUCGAUAAAGCUUUCAUUCAGUGGGAAAAUGUCGCCAGUGCUGUCCUGCGAACACACGGUUUCUCUUUCCCCUUGCAGGAAUCGACUCAGUGAGCCGCAGGAAGAAGCAGCACAUUCGACAGGUGACUCCUGUAUGAAAUGAGUACAAUACUGCGUUUCCAACAACCUUCCACUGUUGUCGACUGUUUGAAUGAAUGAAUAUGAACACAUUUUGUCUGUAAAUAUGCACAUGGUUACCUAGACAGAGGCUGUGUGAAAGAAUAUAGCCAACAUCGCCGCUUUUUAUUGUGAUUUGUUAGAAGAUGUCGGGUCAGAAAUGACUUUCAAAUGUAAAUAAAAGCGGCUUUAUUGUUGUAAAUAUAAUCCAUAGGCUAAAUUAGAAUAUGUUCACGGUUGUCUUUACAUAUAUUUGUGGUGUUUCUAAGCCAAUUAUGAAUUUUUAUAUAAUGUUGAUCAGGGCUAAAUGCCUGACUUUACUGAUUUAUAGCUUUCAUUAUUAGAAAAUCCAGACUGCUUUUACAUACAUUGAAAAAUGUUAACUUACAGAGACUCAAAUCAUAUAGGCUUAAGAUGUAUACCUAUAAUAUUUGUUAAUGCCGUUUAACACAUUACACGCUUACAUAAGAACGAGUCGCGAGGUGCUUGUUACACAAAUAAUGUUUAACAAAUGGAGACGUUACUCUUAUAGUACAAUAACAGUAUAUAUAUAUAUAAAAUAUAAUUAUAUUUUUAUAAGAAAAUAUUUGAGAAUUACAUUUAAGAAUAUUCUUAAAAUGUCCUAUAAUGCCAGUGAGUUACAGUAUAAAGGGAAAUGUUUUGAUAGUGUUGUUGCUGGUUCAGAAAAGCAUUGUUAAGGUGUACAUCGUGUACAGAUAUUGUCCUUCAGUUUGUGAUCAUAGUUUGUAACUUUGCAAUGUAAUCCUGUAUAAGAAUAGUGAUGUUUCCUACACGUAGUAGGCUAUUUCAAAAUGUUAUUGUGCGCACGUGCGUCUACAAGACACGUGUUCCAACGGGCCAGUGAAUUCUUAAUCUGGGCCUGAUGUUGUCAAUGAAAUUUUCUCUUUUCUUACCAAAAAAUCUGCUAAAUAUGUCUGCUGUAAACCUGUUACUUAUGAAGUUACAUAAAAAAGUUAGAUUAAGAAUUUGAAAAAAAAUGCAUUAAUAAUCUUUAAUCUUGAGGCCUGUUAAAUCAUUUUUAUCUCUGAAUCUAAGCAUUUUUACUUUAUUAUGUUUGCCUUCUUACAUCCGAUUUAACAUAAAGUUAUCUCUGCUGGAAUUUUCGCAUGGUUUCUGUUAAGCGCCCGCCUGUCGAUGGCUGAAAGUUCAGUCUUCUUCAGUCUGAUUGGCUGACAUUCUGCUUGGCCUCUGUGCUUUGAUUGGCUGGAAUUCUGUAAACCCUGUCUUUUUUCAUUUGAUUGGUCAACCUUUUGACAUUGACGAGCGCAAGCCGCUAGGGGUGUUGAAAUUAAAAGUUUUUUCGAUGUAUCGCGAUGCAAACGAGGCCAAUUAGGUAUCGGUUCAGUAUUGGAUUGGAUUCAAUUUAUUGUCAUUACACAUAUACAAGUACAGUGUAACGAAAUGGAUUUAAGAAGAAGAAUACAGCAAACAUGAGGGAAGUGGAGAGAAAAACAGAUACACAUAAUACACCAUAGACCAGACUUGCAACAGGGUAAGAUAAUCCAGCUCCGGCAAGCAGCCAUCCGGUCCUGCAGCCAUUACGGCGCUAAACACAGACCCGCUUGCCAAGCUGGCGGGUCAAAGUUACGGAGGUUUGGAAUUGGUCAGAGUCAGUAUUUGUGUCUGUAUGAGCGAUAAGGUCCAAAAGUCUGUGUGUGUGUGUAUGAUGGGGGAGGGAACGCAAGAGCGUCUCGCCACAUUGCCCUUCAGGGUUGUUUCUCCAGUAUCAGCCUCGGCCAAGGCCAAUCCUGGUUCAAGGGGGGCCGAAAAGAUAAGAUUGCUACCUUUUCGGUAACAGGUAUUAUGCUGAUUGGAUUAUGUUUUGCCCUGGGUUAUCGUAUCGAACCUAGACCUGCCUGAAACGUCUCUAGUAACCACUUCCCCACGCUUGUACGUCACUGUAACACGAUUCAAGAUAUGGAAGGAAGGAGGCGGGAACCAGAAGACAUUUAAAAUAAAGAUUUAAAAUAAAUAAUAAAACUGCCGUCAACACAAACAUAAAUAUAAACUUAACAUGUGUCCGGGCCCGGUCCUCUCUCUUCGACGGUCCGGUCGCUCGUUCUCUUAUAUGCUCACAAUCUCCUACUUGAUUCGAGCCCGGUGUGCACAGCUGGCGCUCAUUCACAAUUACUCACCGGUCUCGAACCACGGUCUCGCCCCGCCUACUCCACUACAUACCCCCAUCACCCCUCACAGGCCGGGGGGUACCCCCGAGACUGUGCAUGCUCCCUCCCCCUCCCUUGGGGGGGGGGGGGGUGGGGUGGGGGGUAUGCAGCGACGAGCCUUAAAAGCCAACCCCUGCUCCGCCCCUUGCCCUGGAGAAGUACAUUUAGUAAACCUCUCUAUUAUUGACGCUGUAAUGUGUUUUUGUGAAAAAAGAGACUCCGUGUGUGUUGAUGUGUGCUUCUGGUAAACACUACAGUGUUUGGACCAAAUGUGCCCAAAAUAACAAUAGUUUUUUACUUUGAUUCCUAUGAGGAAACUGUGAGUAACUGAGACAGAAAUGUAUUCCAAAUCUACAAUAUUUAAACAUAAAACUAGUGUUGUAAUAAUGUUUUGACAUGUAUAAAAAUUUACAUACACCUUUCAUAUUUUUAAUUUUCAUACUGGUACACUUACAUACACUCUUUUUUUAUGUUAGCUUUGUUUUUGUUACAAAUGAGCUUGUCAAUAUCAAUAUCAAUAUUUUGUGUCCAUUUAUUUACAUAUGGCAUGAGAACAUGCUCGCUAUCGCACUGCAUCACAUGCUGGGGCGUUGCUCCCAUGUUUGUAGGAAUCAUGCAAUGCUUUUAUUAAUGUAACUUCAAAUCGGUCCUCUUCAGGACUUCCUGCGUAUUCUGUGAGAGACAGAAGCAUGAUGCUGUGUUAACCACGCCAGAAUUAAACUUCCUGUCAUGCUGAAGCUGGCCUUCUAGAGCCUGCCUUGUGCUGUUGGGCUUUGUUGACCUGUAUACUGUUGCAAAGCUGAACUUAUGUAACAAGAUGAUAAAAAUAGCCUCCUUAACCAUAUUGUCGUUUCCUUGUUGCUGUCAUGUUUAAUGUGUUGGGGGUCGUAGGGCAGUGGCUGCAUCUUUAUUCUGUUCUUCCUUUUCUCCUGUUUUCGGAGGGAAUAUUUUUUUGUUGUUGUCGGAAGAAAUAUCUUCUUUUGUGUUCUGCAGAAGACAGAGAAUCAUAAAUGUUUGAAAUGAUAAGAGGGUGAGGAAGUUAUGACUGAACUUUCAUUUUUGGGUGAACUGGUUAAAUUCAUUCAAAUCUAGCAAAAAUCCAGUCAAGACACGUGGAGUAUUCCUAGCGAAGUGCAUGAGACGUACACACUUUAACGAUCCCGUUGAUCCCUUAAUCUUGUUUACCUAUAGAUUAGUAUUGCAUACGUCGUAUCUUAGAAGAGUAUUUAGUUUGCUAACAUUAAUAAAAGAUAGACACAGCUGUACGAUUAUUUCCGGAAAAAUACGACGUCCUGGGGUGCUGGGAGGGGGGAGGAAUCCUGAGCACACAACACAUCUUAUUUUGUAUUACAUCCGUCACUGAAAUGCUGUGAACAAACAAACACAACUCAACUUCUCUCACUAUCACAAGAGUAUCGAGCUGCAGGCCCACACGGCAGCCAAUCUUGAUGGUAAGAUAGCUUCUUUUUUCGGUCUUCGCCGCAUUAUGCUACAGUUCAGAUACACACAUGGCUGUGGUCAAUCGUUUGACGGCAAACAAGAGAGCAUGACAGGGUUACACAACGUUUUUCCCCUGAAUUUUUUUUUUUUUAAUUAACCUACACAUUCUAUUCACAGAAAAAACAAAUCUGUGAUUAAAAUAUUAUAAUUGUAAUACUUUUUCCUGUUACUGAAAUCCGAUGGUUGAAAUGAAUGCAAAGGAUUCUAAAAAAGAAUAGAAACAAAAUGAAAGUGAGCAGAAAGAGUUUCUGCGUUUUAACCUGUCAUUAGGCUAUGGGUUGCAUUAUAGUGGGCUCUACCAUAAAUCACAAGAUGGCUAUUUGUCUACUUUUGCGAUUCUGACAGCGAUUGUUAGUUAAAUUGUGCCAUGAGCCUUCUCUGUGCCUCUUAUAUUUUAUUCUCCAUAUAUUUAACUUGAGUAUUUAAAUGCUGACUAUGGGUGCUUGACAAUACAUUGAUGCACAUUGUUUGCCUUGAAACGUAAUGCCCGUGAGAAAGUAUUCUCAAAAUAGUAUUCGUUUUGCAGAUAAUUUUAUGUUGUGGUAGUCGAUGGAUACUAUCUGAUGCAGACAUUGACUCUUGAAUCCUAAAGUAUUAAUUCCUGCAUUGUUUUUAGGCAUUUAAGACAGACAUAAGGUUGUAGUCUACAGGUAUUUGGUGAUUUGUUUGAUGCAGUAUUCGUCUCGCCCCUUCUCCGCUGUGAUUGGAUGGCUGAGUAAAAAGUGACAUGGAUGAGCACAAUCAUUCUGCAUUGCCACAUCGCCCUCCACUGGAUGUACAAUGUGCAGCAAUAAGAUAUAUUUAAGCAUUAAAAAAAGCAAUUGGCUGGAAAAGCGAUAGAAGCCAUAAUACAUUUCACUGGAUUGUAUUGGUUGUAAUGGAAACAAAAGUCUCUAUUGGUAUGUGUUGGGCUCUGUUGACCAGACUAUGAAUCAUACUCAAAUAAUGUCCAAAACACACUACAAAAAAGGUAUUUCAUAAACCCAAUGGAGUUUACAUGGAAACAAUUAGAAUUUCUGUGGGGGGGGGGUUCAGCAGGAUACUCAUACUUUUAAGAAUAUUUUGAUUUAGGUUACUCAAAAGUAACACACAAGUAGUGUAACGCAUUACGAUUGAAAGAUAGUAAUAUUGUAAUAUUACUAAUUACUUUUAAAUGACAGUAGCUAGUAAUAUAUAUUUUAUUACAUUUUGAAGGUAACUAGCCCAACUCUGUUGAGGAGUAACUGAAGCAUGUAACGGGAUUAAAGUAAUAAGGAUCCAAAAAUUUGGUAACUGUUAUCGGUUACAGUUACAUGAAAAAACGUAAUAAUCUGAUUACAAUUACAAUAAAAUGUGAUUAUUAUCAGGAUUACAAUUGUUUCAAAACUUAAGUAAUUGUUUUAAAAUGUGGAACUGUAAUGUGUUUUUGUGCUGACAGUGCAACCAAUUUCUAUGUACAAAUGUAAUGUUAUAUAAUGCAUAAAAAAACAUUCCUAAUGCUUCUUGUUUUAUCUACAUAGCAUUGUGACACUUAUAAUGUGUUGCGUUAACUGACAUUAAUAAUCAUGAUUACAUUAAGUCAAUGAUCAAUAAUACUUUU